AUGCAAGAAGACUUUCGGCCGGUCACUGGGGUGACCCAGGCGAUGAAAGAAGAGAGGAAGGUGGAGCGAAAGCAUAAAAGAUUCCGGUCAACCGAAGAAGAUAAAGAUUCGGAAGAAGAAGGUCCAAGAAGGUCAUGGAGAGAUACAAUAUUAAACUCGUCCAUAUUCCCGAGAAACGUUAACAUCUCGAUGGAAGUCGAAACUGAGGAUUCAUAUGAAGAGGAAGAAUAUGAAGGAGACGAUAUCCCGACUAUCAAGAUCCCCCAGGAGUUAAAAGAAAAACUGAUGAAACCAUGGAGAAAGGCGAUCAUCAUCAAGAUUUUGGGUAAAACUGUGGCGUACAAAACCCUCAUUAACAGAGUGAUAAAUCUAUGGAAAUUGGAAGGUGAGUUCGAAUGCAUCGAUCUUGGAUACGGUUUAUAUGCUAUUAAAUUUCAGAAUAUGGUUGAUAGAGCAAAGGUCCUUAUGGAAGGCCCUUGGAAAAUUUUAGACCACUAUAUCACGGUUCAAAGAUGGCGCCCUAACUUUGUGGUAGCUAGCGCAAGUAUUCCAUCCACAGCGGUCUGGAUUCAUAUCCCGGGUCUCCCAAUUGAGUAUUUUGAAGAAAAUGUUCUGUGCAGUAUUGGAAAUCUGGUUGGAAAGCCCCUGAAAAUUGAUUGUCAUACAGCUUGGUCAACAAGAGGGCGUUUUGCAAGAAUAUGUGUGGAAAUCGAUUUAAAUGCUCCUCUUCUGUCAAAAUUGCGUAUAGGAAAUAAGGUUUAUAACAUUGAAUAUGAAGGAUUGCACUCUAUUUGCUUUAAAUGUGGUGUUGUAGGUCAUAGAGCAACGGAAUGUUUAGUAAAUCAAAAAGAGUCUCAUACGAAAAAGGAACCUAAUAGUGAACCACAUAAUCAAGAGCAACAACAAAAGCAAGAGGAUGUGAAGAACUCGAAAUUUCAUCAGAAAGAAAAAGAUGAGACAAAAGAUAGAUACGGUCCAUGGAUGCUUGUUCAAAGAAGAUAA